AUGGCCACGACACCGGCUGCAACGACAGCCGUCCCGGUGGCUGCCGCAUCGCCCGCCGAAUCGCUCGAAGCUGCCCUCGGCAUGAUCGCCGGCUUUCAGCACCGCCACAAGAAUCAGCACCGCCUGUCGGCCUACUGGUGGGCGCCCUUCCAGCAGCUGCGGCGACAUGCCGAGAAGCUGCGCGAAGAGCUGCACGCCCAGCAGCAGCUACAACAGAAGAAGCAGCAGCAGAAGCGACCGUCGAGGAAGCGGGACGUCGUCAGCGACGCUCCGACACAGCGCGCUCGCUGGAUGCAGUCGAACCUGGUCCCAAAAGCGUAUCUCGCCUUCUCCCGCCUCGUCGUCGACAAGCAGUUUGCCCCGCUCGGCCUGCUACUACUAGCCGUCCUCGCCCAGAUUCGAGCCGUGCUCGUGUUCGUUAUCCACGAGGACGAACCAACCGCGGCCGAAAGCCGGGAAAGUCGGGAAAGUCAGGAAAGUCAGAAACUACCUGCAGAUCAAGGACGAGCCGCCACUGGCACACGAGAAAAACGACGGGCUGGCGACGGCAACGACGACCUCGGCGAGGCCGUCACACGGGCGGCCCAAAAACCAACGAUAGAGGCAGCAAGACAGCCGAGGCAGCCGGAAGGCAACGAAGAACACGGCAGCAUAAACACUACCAAGGCGGACAGGAAAGAGAAGGACAAGAAGAAGGAGAAACAGAGGAAGAGGAAGCGCGGCGGAGAUGAGUUCGACAACCUGUUCAGCGGCCUUCUCUGA